GGUCCUUGGUGAAUUUUAUCAUGGUUAUUUAAGGAACCUCGCCUAGAAGUCCCAGCUCACAGUUCCCCGUCAACGGGAAGGCUUGGACUCCAAGAUGAUUAUAAAGGAAUAUCGGAUUCCUCUGCCGAUGACUGUGGAGGAGUACCGCAUCGCCCAGUUGUACAUGAUACAGAAGAAGAGCCGGAACGAGACUUAUGGUGAAGGCAGCGGCGUGGAGAUCCUGGAGAACCGGCCAUACACUGAUGGCCCUGGUGGCUCUGGGCAGUACACGCACAAGGUGUACCAUGUGGGCAUGCACAUCCCCGGCUGGUUCCGCUCCAUCCUGCCCAAGGCGGCCCUGCGGGUGGUGGAGGAGUCCUGGAAUGCCUACCCCUACACCAGAACCAGAUUCACCUGCCCUUUUGUGGAAAAAUUCUCCAUUGACAUUGAAACCUUUUAUAAAACCGAUGCUGGAGAAAACUCUGAUGUGUUCAGCCUCUCCCCUGUGGAAAAGAACCAGCUGACGAUCGACUUCAUCGACAUUGUCAAAGACCCUGUGCCUCCCAAUGAGUAUAAGACGGAAGAGGACCCCAAGCUGUUCCAGUCGACCAAGACCCAGCGGGGCCCCCUCUCUGAUAACUGGAUCGAGGAGUACAAGAAGCAGGUCUUCCCCAUCAUGUGCGCCUACAAGCUCUGCAAGGUGGAGUUUCGCUACUGGGGUAUGCAGUCCAAGAUCGAGAGGUUCAUCCAUGACACCGGCCUGCGAAGGGUGAUGCUGCGGGCCCACCGCCAGGCCUGGUGCUGGCAGGACGAGUGGUACGGGCUGAGCAUGGAGAACAUCCGGGAGCUGGAGAAGGAGGCACAGCUCAUGCUCUCCCGCAAGAUGGCCCAGUUCAAUGAGGAUGGUGAGGAAGCUGUUGAGCUCGCCAAGGAUGAAGUCACCCCAGACCAGGCCUCCAGGGAGCCCCCUGAACCCAGCAGCAGCAAUGGAGAGCCCCUGGUGGGACGGGGCCUCAAGAAGCAGUGGUCCACGUCUUCUAAGUCAUCACGGUCAUCCAAGCGCGGAGCAAGUCCUUCCCGCCAUAGCAUCUCGGAGUGGAGAAUGCAGAGUAUCGCCAGGGACUCAGAUGAGAGCUCAGACGACGAGUUCUUUGAUGCACAUGAGGACCUGUCCGACUCGGAGGAAAUGUUCCCCGAGGAUAUCACCAAGUGGAGCUCCAACGACCUCAUGGACAAAAUCGAGAGCCCAGAGCCGGAGGACACACAGGACGGGCUAUACCGCCAGAGCACCCCUGAGUUCAGGGUGGCCUCCAGUGUGGAACAACUGAACAUCAUUGAGGACGAGGUCAGCCAGCCGCUGGCUGCGCCACCCUCCAAGAUCCAUGUGCUGCUGCUGGUGCUGCAUGGAGGAACCAUCCUGGACACGGGCGCUGGGGACCCCAGCUCUAAGCAGGGCGACACCAACACCAUCGCCAACGUGUUCGACACCGUCAUGCGCGUGCAUUACCCCAGUGCCCUGGGACACCUCGCCAUCCGCCUGGUGCCCUGCCCGCCCAUCUGCUCUGAUGCCUUUGCCCUGGUCUCCAACCUCAGCCCCUAUAGCCACGACGAAGGCUGUCUGUCCAGCAGUCAGGAUCACAUCCCUCUGGCUGCCCUGCCCCUGCUGGCAACUUCAUCACCCCAGUACCAGGAGGCGGUUGCCAUGGUGAUUCAGCGAGCCAAUGUGGCCUACGGGGACUUCAUCAAGUCGCAGGAGGGCAUGACCUUCAAUGGGCAGGUCUGCCUCAUUGGGGACUGUGUCGGGGGCAUCCUGGCAUUCGAUGCCUUGUGCUACAGCAACCAGCCGGUGUCUGAAAGUCAGAGCAGCAGCCGCCGGGGCAGCGUGGUCAGCGUGCAGGACAAUGACCUGCUGUCCCCGGGCAUCCUGGUGAAUGCAGCACACUGCUCUGGCAGCGGCGGCGGUGGCAGUGGUGGCGGCAGUGGCAGUGGUGGUGGCUCCAGCCUGGAGAGCAGUCGGCACCUGAGCCGCAGCAACAUCGACAUCCCCCGUAGCAACGACACCGAGGACCCCAAAAGGCAGCUGCCCCGCAAGAGGAGUGACUCAUCCACCUACGAGCUAGAUACCAUCCAGCAGCACCAGGCCUUCCUGUCCAGCCUCCAUGCCAGCGUACUGAGGACGGAGCCCAGCUCCCGCCGCUCCAGCAGCUCCACCAUGCUGGACGGCACAGGGACCCUGGGCAGGUUUGACUUUGAGAUCACCGACCUCUUCCUCUUUGGGUGCCCGCUCGGGCUGGUCCUGGCCUUGAGGAAGACCGUCAUCCCAGCCCUGGAUGUUUUCCAGCUGCGGCCAGCCUGCCAGCAAGUCUACAACCUCUUCCACCCCGCGGACCCGUCCGCCUCGCGCCUGGAGCCACUGCUGGAGCGGGGCUUCCACGCCCUGCCACCCCUCAGCAUCCCGCGCUACCAGCGCUACCCGCUGGGGGAUGGCUGCUCCACACUACUGGCUGACGCACUCCAGACCCACAACACAGUCUUCCAAGAGCACGGGGCCCCUUCCUCACCCGGCACGGCACCCACCAGCCGUGGCUUUCGCCGAGCCAGCGAGAUCAGCAUCGCCAGCCAGGUGUCAGGCAUGGCUGAGAGCUACACAGCAUCCAGCAUUGCCCAAAAGGCCCCCGUGUCACUCAGCCACACCCCCAGCGUCAGGCGCCUAUCCCUGCUCGCCCUGCCCGCCUCCCACCCUCCCACCCCCAGUCCCCCGGCCAGGCAGGCAAGCCCUGGCCUGGACAGGGCCCCCUGCCUCCCUGAGCUGGACAUCGGAGAAGUCGCUGCAAAGUGGUGGGGCCAGAAGCGGAUUGACUACGCCCUGUACUGCCCUGAUGCCCUCACGGCCUUCCCCACUGUGGCCCUGCCCCACCUCUUCCAUGCCAGCUACUGGGAGUCAACGGACGUGGUCUCCUUCCUGCUGAGACAGGUCAUGAGGCACGACAGCUCCAGCGUCUUGGAGCUAGACGGCAAGGAGGUGUCAGUGUUCACGCCCUCAAAGCCUAGAGAGAAGUGGCAACGCAAGAGGACCCACGUGAAGCUGCGGAAUGUGACUGCCAACCACCGGAUCAACGAUGCAGUCGCCAAUGAGGAUGGCCCCCAGGUUCUGAGCGGCCGGUUCAUGUACGGGCCCCUGGACAUGGUCACCCUGACUGGAGAGAAGGUGGACGUGCACAUCAUGAUGCAGCCACCCUCAGGCGAGUGGCUCUACCUGGACACACUGGUGACCAGCAGCAGCGGGCGUGUCUCCUACACCAUCCCCGAGACGCACCGCCUGGGUGUGGGUGUCUACCCCAUCAAGAUGGUAGUCAGGGGAGACCACACGUUUGCCGACAGCUACAUCACUGUACUGCCCAAGGGCACAGAGUUUGUGGUCUUCAGCAUCGACGGCUCAUUUGCCGCCAGCGUGUCCAUCAUGGGCAGCGACCCCAAGGUGCGGGCCGGGGCUGUGGACGUGGUGCGGCACUGGCAGGACCUGGGCUACCUCAUCAUCUAUGUCACGGGCCGGCCCGACAUGCAGAAGCAGCGGGUGGUGGCGUGGCUGGCCCAGCACAACUUCCCCCACGGCGUGGUGUCCUUCUGUGACGGCCUGGUGCAUGACCCGCUGCGGCACAAGGCCAACUUCCUGAAGCUGCUCAUCUCUGAGCUGCACUUGCGUGUGCACGCAGCCUACGGCUCCACCAAGGACGUGGCGGUCUACAGCUCCAUCAGCCUGUCCCCCAUGCAGAUCUACAUCGUGGGCCGGCCCACCAAGAAGCUGCAGCAGCAGUGCCAGUUCAUCACGGAUGGCUACGCGGCCCACCUUGCUCAGCUGAAGUACAGCCACCGGGCGCGGCCGGCCCGCAACACGGCCACCCGCAUGGCGCUGCGCAAGGGCAGCUUUGGUCUGCCUGGCCAGGGUGACUUCCUGCGCUCCCGGAACCACCUGCUCCGCACCAUCUCGGCCCAGCCCAGCGGGCCCAGCCACCGGCACGAGCGGACACAGAGCCAAGCAGACAGCGAGCAGCGGGGCCAGCGCAGCAUGAGCAUGGCAGCCAGCUGCUGGGGCCGCGCCAUGACGGGCCGCCUCGAGCCGGGGGCCGCCACAGGCCCCAAGUAGGGCCCUGAGAGUGCAGCGCUGGGGUCUCCAUGGUGCUAGGCCAGGGCAGCCAUCCCCGCCAGGAGGCCUGGCCUGGGCACACGCACAGAUGUGGGCCUGGGAGCUUUUCCCAAGGCCCCGCAGAAGACACAGGCCAUGCCACAGUCCUCCCAGCCCUGCCUCAUGCCCUAGGGCCUGAGGGGUCCAGCUUGUCAUGGAAGCUGGCAGGACCGCCAGCCCCAGGACAACAGAGGAACCCGGAUAUCCCACGUACACUGGCCUGGGAGGCUCUGCUGGACACUUUGCCCUGCGCGGAGCUCCCAGCAUCUUAGUGCGGGCUGCGGGCCCCGCCCUGCCUGCCACCUCCCCGCCCACUGACUCGCCCUCACCCCCAGGUGCCCUCCCAUUCGGUAGCAGCUCCAACAGGGGUCCAGCCUGCUUCUUGUUAACUCGAGUCACUCAACUGUUCAACCUCACUGGUUUUGCACUGAUUUUUGAGAGCGGAGACCCAUGACCACCUUCUAUGGCUACAGACCCGUUGACAUGCAUGAAAUUCAGUAUUUGCUGACCCAGGACCUCGGACCACACUGAAGGCUCCAGCGCGGCAAAGCCUCAUGCAAGCAAGAAAGGCCAUAUUCUUAGUUUCUGCAACCCCGGAUCCCUACCUGCCCACCCACCUGCCUCACCUGGAGCCCAGGACCGCCACAGGCCUGGUGUCAUUUCUGGUCCUGGGGACAGUCCUGGCGAGGAUGGUGAAGCCCAGAGCCGGCUCCUAGUAACUCCGCCUCGGGCCUGACGGGCCUCCUCUUCCGCUCCUUGCCAUGUCACGGCCCGUGCCAUGGCCAUCCACCCGCGUUUCUACGCCUUUCUACUUCUCAAUCUGAUUUCUAUGAGGUUUUUUUAAAUGAGCAAUCCUUGGCUGCUUCCUUUUCUUAACUCUUUGAGUACCAAGCGCAGCCCCUCCACAUUGAAAACACCCAGCACUGUGACGGAGUCCAGCUUGGUUCUGGGUCCCCUGGGCCCUGCCCCUGCCCACUUGGCAGGGCAUGGUCUCCCUGCCUCACCUGACCCUGUUAAUCCCACUGAAUUUCUACUCUGGGGUGGGUGGGGCACACACCUAGGUUUUUUUAAAUGCUAGUUCCGUUUCAAUGCUGAAUCUAAGAAGCCACAACUUGCUUUGUUAGCUUAAGGGCAGGCAGCCCCGACUUCCCUUCUCACCUAAACAAGGAUCAUGCUGUCCUGCAUGCCGGGUCUGAGCAACAGCCCUUCCCCCAGCAUCACACCGACCUGGGCUGUGGUGCUCAGUUGCCGGCCGUAGGCGGCCCCCCUGCUGUUCCUCCUCCUUCCCUGAGGUUGGGGAGCCUGCCUGGCCUGGGCCAGCUGUCCAGCGACCAGGCUGUGUCCCCAAGAAGCUGUGGCCAACCUGGAUCCAGCCUCACGGCCGUGUGGCCAAAACCAGGGCAGUGCACAGAGCGAUGCUAACUUUUUCUUGUGUGUAGAUAUGUACAGCCAAAGGGUCUUGUAAAUGUUCUGCAAAAGUGGGUCUAUGCAGAGUGAAAGCUAUUUAUUUUGUGCAGAGAAAAAUGUCUGGAGGAAUGGAACCUUCAGGGUCUAUUCAUAUUUAAGAUGUAGCUUUUCGUUAUUGUUCAGGCAUUAUGUAUAAAGCAACGAUUACUUUAUGGACCAAGUUUUCAUGUAACUGUUGCAGUGAAAGUGCAAUAUCUGCCCCCAGUGGGAAGUCGCUGGGCCCUGUGGCCAGCGCCACUUCUCUGUCGGCCCCACCUUGCCCCGCCUUGCCCACCGCCUCGGUGACCAGCCAUCUGGGGAAGCACCUGGAAGUCUCGGGCCCUCCUGCAAUAAAGGCCGGGAGGCCUCCUGGUCCAGGGAGGCCCUGUGGGCCGUGGACUCAGCCUCUCCCAGGGGCAGCACCCCCACGGCUAUAUGCCCUCUGCCUGACUGCCCAGCCGCCAGCCAUGCCAAGGACAACAGCAAUAGUCCCCUGGGCCUCUCCCAGUGGCCCUUAGCCAUAGAUGGCAAGAUGGGCAGCCCACCUUCCCCACUGCAGUCUCUCUCUGUAUCCAGGUCUGCUUUCUGCCUCCCUUAAGAUUCCUUCUGGCACAUUCUCCUCUUGAGGAAGCACCAGUUUUUCUGAAACUAUGAGAGGAGAGCAGUAUCCUUUAAAAAUACCAAAAAUGUUUACAGCGUUGGGUGCUGAGCUGCAGGGCUCAGGCCUGACCAGUCACAACCAAAGGGUGAGGCAGGCUUUGCUGACUGCUCCCCCAGGCCUGUUAGAAUGGAAGCCUUAGUCCCACUCCUGCCAUGCCCCAGGCCCCAGGCCCACCUCAGCCCAGCACCCAGUCCCAACCACCUGCCUUCUCUUUGAUUUCUAAAGAGGGACUUACUUAGCAGAGACCCCCCACCCUUCCUGUCUCGACCUAAGCUGCCUGCCUGCCCACCCCAUCGUGGUCCUCCCAGUCAGCCCCCUCCUGUCUGUCCCUGGGCCAUGUCUCAGCCAUGUGUGAGCAGUGCCCUGACUACCCGCCCACCCUGCUGUCCCUGCACCACUGGGCCUGAGUGUGCUCUGUAUACAGCGUCAUGUCUGUUACACCAAUUAAAGAAGCAGGAAGGCUUC